AUGGCCGCGACGCCGCCUCGUCGCCAACCCGCCGCCGGGCCCAGCACACCGCAUGUACCCAGCGAAGGGCGAGAAGAUCUAUGGGCCGACAUUCUACGGAGCGCGGACCGCGCCAAAGCCCUGCCGCGCAAGAACGUCGUCCUCUUAAGCGAACGGCAUCGCGGCCGCGCACACCUCCUCGACAAAGUCGUCGGCAAGCGCCGGGCGCGCCAACCCCUAGCAAUUGGAUACGACCUACUGACAAGCGACGACCGGGACGACGACACACCGCCUGUCAGCGUCAUCUAUCCGCCCAGCUCGCAUCCCUCCCUCCUCCGCCUCGUGGACACGUCGCUGCCCCCCCAUCCCCUGCCGAAUACCGCAGUGGUCAUCGUGCUCGACUGGAGCAAACCUAGCACAAUGGUGCGCGAGCUACUCGCAUGGCUGGGAUGGGUGGAUGCUUGGGCGGCGCGUACCGCUCUCGUCGACAUGUCGGUUGCGGUCGAUGAGAUGCACGAGCGGCUCCAAUCACACCUGCAGCAUUACACAGAACCAACCACCGCCGCGCUCACAAACUAUGGCGCCGUCCUCCCACUCGGACAGGGCAGCCUGACGCGCAAUCCAUCUGGUGUACCCAUCGUUGUGGUCUGCACUCGCGCAGACCUGAUGGACGCCCUCGGUGACGAGAUUGGCAUGAAGGGCGGUGGAUGGGAGGAGCGUACCGACUGGAUCCAGCAAGUCCUGCGCACCGUGUGUCUAGCCUACGGCGCCGCGCUCUUCUACACGGCUCCGACCCAGCCCCAGACAUACACCCUGCUUCGCGAGUACCUCUUCCACCGCCUGUACAGUUCUUCACAGGUCGAGGGUGCGCCGCAGCGUUUCCCUUUUCCCCACCGUGCGAAUGUGCUUGAUCGCGACGCAGUCAUGGUCCCAUCCGGGUGGGACUCGUGGGGGAAGAUUACGAUUCUGCGCGAGCCGUUUGAUCCAGCUCGAGUGGGUAAGGCAUGGGACGUCAGCUCGUCCCGGAGUAAUAGUAAUGGGGAGGAGGAGGCGGAUGCCGAAGGAAUUGAGGAUCUUUGGGCCGCCAUGAUCCCUGAUAUGGAAAGGCCAGCCGUCCCCAACCCCGCCGCGGUGGCUGUUAUCUCUGAGCCCGAGCAGGGGUUCCUCCAGCGCCAGCUGGACAGCCUCGUCAAGAGCGACGCAAAGGGCGUGUUCCGGCGCGCGGCCGAGAAUGUCGACGAACGGUAUGGCGUCGUUGGCCCAAUGGGGACGGGCGGGCUUAGCCUCCCAGGCGUCGAGAAGGCUAUGGCCGAGAUGGAGGGGAAUGCUGCCGAGGACGUGGCCACGCGCUUACAUGCCCGAAAGGACUCGAAGGCGUCCGGACCUGCAUCGCCCGAUAGAUCGUCGACGGUGCAGAAUGAGGCGUUGCACAACUUUUUCCAAGGCCUGCUCGCCAAGAAGCAGGGCACGGCGUCGGCAAACGCGACGCCCACAAAGGCCGCGCCAAAGGCGGCGAAAUAG